AAUGGACUUCAAAUAAAAAUAAGAAAAUAAUAAAAUCUCCUGAAAAGCUAUUUAAAGAAAGAAAACAACCAGAAUUAUUAAAGGGAUCUGAAUUCAACUUAAUAAAAAAAUUGCAAGAACAAAAAUUAGAAAUUACAUUAUCACAAUUAUUAAAAAUUAGUUUUCAAGAAAGAAAGAAAUUGAAAGAAGUAUUACGAACACCAAAAGAAACUGUUGCAAAAUUAGCAAGCCAAAAUAAUAAUACAAAAACAACCACCCUAGAAUGUGAAGUAAUGGUAAAUGGAUUUAAAGUACCAGCUACUAUCAAUAGUGAAGUAGCCACUAGCAUAAUUUCAGAAAGUACCAUGGAACAAUUACAGUAUGAUAUAGAAGAAGCAACCAAUUGUAAAAUUAUAUUAGCGAAUAGAGAAAAGAAUGAAUCUUUAGGAAGAAUUAGAGAUUUCCCUAUUGAGAUUGAGGGAAAAACAAUACCAAUUAAUGUGGAAGAACUAGAAAUAAGAGAAUUAUUAUCAAAUAGAUAUAUUGUAAAACCUGAAGAAUUCAAAGUAGGAGAAUUAAAACCAGAACAAAAAGAGGAUUUCAAUAAAUUAAUAAAACAAUAUGAAGAAAUAUUU